GCGAGAAUUCCUUUUAGCGUCGUCUCGCUAGGUCUGUCUUCGAAAUCAAAGACGGAGGCUCUGAAAUAAUAAAAACCACGCACGCAUCGAAAGAAAGAGAGAGAAGAAGAAGAAGAAGAAAAGAGGGGUCUUCGAAGAAACCAUGAGUAUCCUCUCUCUCUAAACUCUCUCAGAUUCGAUCCUCUCUUCUCUUCUUUCAAUUCCGCUUCCCUCGCACUAAAUGACAGGGUUUCCUGGCCCUCGCCGCGAUCACGCUUCUUCUUCCUCCUCCUCGCACAAUUCCAACAGCAGUGGUAGCAACGUAUUUAAUUUGCUUGCAAGGAGGGAGAUCUCACCCCGAACAAGAUAUGUGGCAAAAUGGCAUUGGGGAGAACCCGGUGAAGCUUCAAAAUCAAAGUCUAUUCCUUAUUCUCGUCCUAAAAAAGAAGUUGUGAGAGAUGCAAGACGUGGUCUCCUCUCAUGGGUUGAGGCUGAGUCAUUGCGGCAUUUGUCUGCUAAGUAUUGUCCUUUGGUGCCUCCUCCAAGGUCUACUAUUGCAGCAGCAUUUAGCCCAGAUGGGAAAGUUCUUGCCUCCACACAUGGUGACCACACAGUAAAGAUAAUUGAUUGUGAAACUGGAAGUUGCUUAAAGGUGUUAGUUGGUCAUAGGAGAACGCCUUGGGUGGUUAGGUUCCAUCCAUUGCACCCACAUAUACUUGCUAGUGGGAGCUUGGAUCAAGAAGUUCGUUUAUGGGAUGCUAACACAUCAGAGUGCAUAAUAUCUCAUCAUUUCUAUCGUCCCAUUGCAUCUAUUGCUUUUCAUGCCAAAGGUGAAAUAAUUGCUGUUGCAUCUGGCCACAAGUUGUACAUAUGGCACCACAACAAGAAAGGUGAAGCAUCCUCUCCAAUAUUUGUGUUGAAGACAAAGCGCUCCCUUCGUGCUGUGCAUUUUCACCCUCAUGCCGCACCAUAUCUUUUAACUGCAGAGGUCAAUGAUCUUGAUUCUUCAGAUUCCUCAAUGACAGAGGCUACAUCUCUUGGUUAUUUACAAUAUCCUCCGCCUGCUGUUUUUGUCACAAAUAUUCAUCCUACAGAACAUAUUAAUUUGUCCAGCGAACUACCUUAUGUGUCAUUACCUUUCUAUGUAAUGCCUGCAUAUAAUGUUGAUGAGUCAAGAGCAGAACUACAGCAUGCUAGUCAUGAUGUUGUCUCAGGUAGCAUGCAAAUUGAGUCUUCUGCCAUGGUACAGUUGCAAGCAGACCCAAGUGCAGCAGAGCAUUAUGAGACUACAGUGUCUCCCAUGGAUACAUUCUCUGAGAUGCCCUCUAGCUCUCAAACUGGUGCAGAAUAUCCUGCUCAUACUGCUUUCUCUAAUGGAAUGGGAAUUGGCCUCAGUAAUCUCACAAUGGAUGGUAUGGAGACCGAUGAAACCAGACCUGCUGAAGGAAACCAACAUGGGAACUUGACUAAUACCUAUUCUCUUAAUGGCAUGCUACAUGGACUGUCUAGGCAAACUGCAAACCGUGGGGUUCCCUCAGAGUUUGGUCAAUUUCAUCAGUUUUUUCCUUCAAGAGAUCCAAGUGGAUGGGAGAUUCCUUUUCUCCAUGGAUGGAUAAUGGGUCAAAGCCAAGUUGGUGUUCCUUCAAUGCUUCCUCACAUGGGUGCUAGUCGUGACAAUCUAUCCCAACAGAUUGGUUCUUCUUCUUACAUAAUGGCAUCUAAUCAUUCCACUUCUAAUGUUGAUGCAGCGAUGCCAUCUUCAGCAAUACCUGGCAGCAUCAGCAUACCGGGUUCUUCAAUGAGAUCAGGUUUACGGAAUCACUUUUCACAAUCCCGUGUACCUGUAUCUGAAUCUGGCAAUCUUGCUGCUUCUAUUAAUACCCCACAUGAUGGAUUUGAUAUGCAAACCAUCGUAAGUCGAAUUCAGUCAGAACUUGCCACAUCAGUGGCUGCAACAGCUGCAGAGUUGCCUUGCACUGUGAAGUUAAGAGUGUGGUCACAUGACAUAAAAAAUCCCUGUGCCCCACUUAAUGCUGAUAGAUGUCGUCUAACCGUACCGCAUGCUGUCCUCUGCAGUGAAAUGGGUGCUCAUUUUUCACCAUGCGGUAGAUUUUUAGCUGCCUGUGUUGCAUGUAUGCUUCCCCAUAUAGAAGCAGAUCCAGGAUUACAAACUCCAGUACACCAAGAUCCUGGUGUUGCAACAUCACCAACCCGGCAUCCAAUUUCAGCACACCAAGUAAUGUAUGAGCUGCGCAUAUAUUCCCUCGAGGAGGCAACAUUUGGUUCGGUGCUUGCUUCACGAGCAAUUAGAGCAGCUCAUUGUCUGACUUCAAUUCAGUUCUCACCUACAUCUGAGCACAUACUACUUGCGUAUGGUCGGCGCCAUGGUUCUCUUCUUAAAAGUAUUGUCAUUGAUGGAGAAACAACAUUACCUAUAUAUACAGUGUUAGAGGUAUACAGAGUGUCAGAUAUGGAACUUGUUAGGGUGCUUCCUAGUGCAGAAGAUGAGGUCAAUGUGGCAUGCUUUCAUCCUUUUGCCGGAGGAGGACUAGUUUAUGGAACAAAGGAAGGAAAGCUUAGGGUCCUCCAGUAUGACGGUGCUCAUGCAGUGAAUGGCGCUGGACCAAGUUACUUUCCUGAGGAGACCAUCGUUGGAGUCAGUCAGUGAGCAAGAUAAAUGCUUGAUGAGUGAAACAAUCAAUGUCAGAUGAGGAUUAGGGGUAGGCUAUGCUGAUGAUGCAAUCUACUAAACUCAUGGUUUAGACAAAUGAUUGGACAUGUAAUUCAAAGAUCUGCUUCACAUCACUGUACAACUCAUCUGGAUAAUUAUAGAGAGAGGUGGACCUCUCAAGCAGUUGAGCUUUCUCACCAUAAGAUGUACUACUAUAUUGAGAGUAGAGAUUCUCUCAACUUGAUUUUUUAAUGAACAACACAACCAGUGAAGUUAUUGAAAAACCAAUUCAACCAUUUAAAGCUCAACUCUUGGGAGCUGUCUCUGCUGAUGAUCUGCACAAACGCAACACCAUAUUAUCCAAUGCUGAGCCCAUGCAACCGAUGGUGGUGGAACUUCACUCGCAUUAGCAAAAAUGUAUAUUUUUGUAUUAUCCAUGUAUGAAUAUGUACUAACAUUUUCCUUUGUUAACAUGUUUUCUUAUUUUCCCCUCCAACCCCUCCCCCUCCCCCUCCAACCCAUAAGUGGGCUUCUCUUUCUUACAUGUGUAGCUUUUAGUAGUUAAAGAAUUUUUUUUUUCUUAGUCCCUGGGAAAUUUUCAAACUACACGACAUGGCAUUAAUCACA